AUGACCCACAACAACAAGGAUUCUUUACAAAGAGCCGCACUUCGAAAUUAUGUCGUCCUCAGGACCUUAGGAUGUCAGUAUCAAAGUCGACCUGAGGUCGUAACAAGUUUUGUUGAACCAACUUUGUUUGGACAUGCUCACGAAGUUUAUCAAUCGGAGCCAUCAGGCAACAAAAUCUAUCUGGGACCUCAAUCUGUAGCAAGUAAAGAAGCACUGGAUGCCUUACAAGACGCGAAUAUUGCAGCCAUAGUCAACUGUACAAGUCGAGGUCCGCUAUUCCACAUGGAGGGUUUCAAAUACUCCCAGGUUAAUGUCCAUGACAACAGUGCUGCUGAUAUUCUGCGAUACUUGGAGGGCGCAGCACUAUUUCUACAUGCCAUGCUUGGAAAAGGGUCGGUUUUGGUACAUUGCGAAUAUGGAGUCUCCCGAUCAUCGACAGUCGUAAUUGCCUAUCUCAUGAGAUAUCAAAGCAUGACUCGCGAUGAAGCUUAUGUUUUGGUCAAGAAGAGACGGCCCAAAGUGAAUCCCAAUCAAGGUUUUUGGGACCAACUUGCAAGCUACGAACAAACGAUCAAAGAGAUUAUACAGAAUCCAACGCCAUGGAAAUCAGACGAAAAUAGCAACAUGGACUAUCGAACAUGGAUUGAGAUGAGUCAAGCACUAUACGCCACAUGUCAUGACGUCGAAGGGGUCCUUGCUUCCCAUCCAUGCUGGCAGCUUCUCACUAUCGUUUGCACAAGCUCCGAAACACUGAAUAAGUUUCUAUUUGCCUGUCUUGACUUUCUUUGGGGACGUGGUUUGAGAGAUGUCGAUCUGGAGUGGUUGGACUAUGUUAUUCAUUCGUUCCCAGAAGAAUCUGAAGCUCAGGUUCAACAACUGCUCCGAUGCCUCAUCGAGGAUCCUGAAUCUGAGUUUCGAGACGCAUGGUCGGGAGAGAUAAGGAAAGAGCAGAUCGAACAGAUUUGUCAGGCUGUACUCAAAGCGAUUGACGAAGAGUACCAGGUACUCGUACUGUAG